UUUGUCCCACCAAAUUAACCCAUUUCUACCUCUAUAUAAACCCCCUUCUUCCCUCCCUCUUUCUUCAUCGAUUUCAAACUCCAAAAACUUUUAGAAAAUUUCUUCAUGGAUAAGCUUGUCGUCCUAGCAUUUUUCCUCACCCAUUUCUUCUCCUUUCCUCCGGGGUACUUUGUGAAUGGUGCCAAUAGUGUUUCAAUAACAUCAUGUGCCCAAACUCCGUACCCCGAUGUGUGCAACCAUUACAUUGGAAACAAUGUUAACGUUGCGGCACAACUCGGUCAAACCCGAUUCUCAUUCCGUGAUCUUGCCAUUCAGGUGACUCUGAACCAAGCAUUUCAUGCUCAUCGGCUCAUCUCGUUGAUUGAUUCGAGUUCAUUCGACGAGCGAGCCAAGUUAGCUUGGAACGAUUGCUUAGAACUCUAUGAGGAUACCGUUCACCAUCUAAACCAAUCUAAGAGCACCAACAAUCCCAUAGAUUCUCAAACUUGGCUAAGUGCUGCAAUUGCCAACCAACAAACCUGUCAAAACGGCUUUCUUGACUUCAACUUAGCCUCUCAUUUACAAACCUUACCAGCCAUGUUAGGCAACUUCACUAAGUUGAUUAGCAAUUCUCUAGCCAUAAAUAAGGCCACCUUGGCUGCAUCCUCUUCUUCCCAUAGUAACUUCGCUAAACAAGUGGGCAAUCGACGCCUACUUUCCGAUGGUUUUCCGGCUUGGCUUUCUACCGUGGAUCGAAAGCUCCUGCGAACAGCCGGUGCACCGAAAGCCGAUAUAGUGGUGGCUCAAGACGGAUCCGGUAACUUUAAGACCAUAACGAAGGCGGUGGCAGCAGCUGGUGGGGGCAAAAGAACUGUUAUACACGUGAAAGCUGGAGUUUAUAGGGAAAACGUGGAUAUUAAGAGAUCGGCUAAGAAUAUAAUGUUGAUUGGGGAUGGAGUUGACGCCACCAUUGUUACUGGCAGCAAGAAUGCUCAAACCACAACAACUUUUCGUUCGGCAACCGUUGGUGUUUCAGGUGAUGGUUUCGUAGCUCGCGAUAUAACCUUCGAGAACACCGCCGGACCGCAAAAACACCAGGCGGUGGCCUUACGGUCCAGUUCCGAUUUCUCCGUCUUCUACCGUUGUAGUUUCAAAGGUUACCAAGACACCUUAUACGUUUACUCUCAACGCCAAUUCUAUCGCGACUGCGACAUUUACGGAACCGUGGACUUCAUAUUCGGAGACGCCGUCGCCGUCUUACAGAACUGCAAUAUAUACAUCCGGCGACCGAUGAGCGGCCAAAAGAACACCGUUACGGCACAAGGGAGAACCGACCCGAACGAGAAUACGGGCAUCGUCAUCCACAACUCGCGCGUGACUGCGGCGGCGGAUAUGAGGGCGGUUCAAGGUUCGUUCAAGAGCUAUCUGGGGAGGCCAUGGAAGAAAUAUUCAAGAACCGUGUUCAUGAAGAGUACAUUGGACGGACUGAUCGAUAGAGAAGGGUGGUUGCCGUGGAGUGGAGGCUUCGCUUUAAGAACUCUUUACUAUGCUGAGUAUAUGAACACCGGCGCCGGAGCAAGUACCGUUGGAAGGGUGAAAUGGCGUGGAUAUCAUAUUAUAAGUGCAGUUCAAGCCAGAAAAUUUACCGUGGGGAACUUUUUGGCCGGAAGUGCUUGGAUUCCGGGCACCGGAGUGCCAUUUGAUGCUGGACUGUGAUAGUUUUCUUUUGAUGGGGUUGAUUUUCCCAUU